GGACGCGCUCUUCCUGUCCCUGAGAGCUCUAAUCGCAAGUGAUCAACUCCCUCUUCUGCCCAUUGUACAUGAUAAGGACUUCCAAGCUCGGAUCUUCACGAACGGGAAAAAUCGACUUCUGGAGUGGAGAGGGGACACGGAGAUCCACAGUUUUGCUACGCGACUUAUCCUUCAGAAUUUCAGCAAUAAGUCUGACAUCUCUAUGUUUCACUUGUUGAGGAGUUCUUUGGAGUGUAACAAGACGUUGGGGCUGCUUUCACAGCGCUAUGGUUUGCACCGAUUGUACAAAGGUAUAAGUGGAAUAGACCUUUGCAAGGCGCCUGACGCCAAAUGCCAUGCAAAUCUAUUCGAAGCGUAUAUCGGUGCAAUGAGUCUCAUUUGUGGGGACUCCGCUUUCAGAAAUUUCCUCAACGCUGUUUUCCUGCCCAUUCUCACUUGUGCCGCCCAAACUCUCGGCAUCUACUCCUACGUUCCUCGACCCUUGCCCAUUAGCGAUGGUCUUGAUGAUCUGGCAACAGAGAUGUCCGGCGUAGAAGAUGGAUCUGGCGACAAACCCGAACGAGAGAAGCUCGCUUUUGAGACUGGAUGCCACGAACUUGGGAUUCUGCCGCAUUUGCGCGUUAGGGACACUGGAGAGCAAACUUUGGAUCGCCGAUUCAGGGUAACCAUUCAUUGCAGAAAAGAAUUGAUUUCGGCUGGUUGUGGCCCAACUCAACAUGCCGCACAGGCGAAAGCAUACAGGAAUGGAAUAGCAACCUUGGCUCAGGUCAGCGGCUAAUAUUCAUCGACUCGCCCUGUUUUGAAGUCUGAUAUACUUUCUUCAGUUGGAAUCAUUACUUCAGGUCCACCUUCCUACUGCGGGCCAGCUGGAAGAGGGGCUGGGCAAGCUCAACG